AUGGCUGUGCUUUGGAAAGUGAUCAUCACUAUCUUUUUAUUAUAUAUUAUAACAAUUGAUGCAAAUCGAGCUCGUCGUCUUCGACGACAGUCUAUGUUAAAUACUGCUCAACAACCAUCUAAUCAAAAUUCACAAGUAGAAGCUCGACAACAACCACUUGGAUCAAAUCUUCAAAUGAAUCCAGGUGGAAUGGGAUUAUCUAAAGAUUCAAAUUUAGGACAAAAUCAAGCUGGUCGACAAUAUUAUCCAGGUCAAGGCUCAUAUGGUUAUGGAUCACAAGGUUAUAAUUAUAAUCCAUCUGGUGGUAUAGGUGGUUAUAAUCCAUCUGGUGGCAUAGGUGGUUAUAAUCCAUAUGGUUCAGGUCAAUGUAAUGUAUAUACUAUUAUUGAUCGUAAUAUUAUGAAUUUAAUUUUUUGUCGAUUUCUAGAUUCGCCAUAUAAUCAACAAAUGGGACAGUAUGGUGGUGGGUCUUAUUCCAAUCCAUAUUCAGGUUCAGGCGGUUACUAUUCAGGUUAUGGCGGUGGAAGUUAUUAUAAUCGUCCUGGUUAUCAAUCGAAUCCUUAUCAACAAGGAGGAGGUGGUUAUUAUGGUGGUUACAAUUGGAAUGCUGGUCAAAAGCAACAUAUUAACAUGUUCAGUGUUUUUCUUUCUUCCUUACUUGCUUUAGGUAUCUGUUUUUUUAUUUCUAUUUAA